AUGCGUGCCACUCAGUUCCUCGCUCUGGCUAUGGCCGUCGCCACCUCUGAGGCUGUCUCUCAGGGUUUCAACUACGGUGCCACCAAGGGUGACGGCAGCGUCAAGACCCAGGCCGACUUCGAGACCGAGUUCAGCACCGCCAAGAACCUCGUCGGCACCGAGCAUGCCUUCACCAGUGCCCGUCUCUACACCAUGAUCCAGGGCGGCACCACCAACGGCCCCAUCGAGGCCAUCCCCGCCGCCAUCAAGCAGAAGACCGAGCUUCUCCUCGGUCUCUGGGCCUCCGGUGGCACCAUGGCCAACGAGAUCGCCGCUCUCAAGACCGCCAUCGACACCUACGGCGAGGAGUUCACCAAGCUCGUCGUCGGUAUCUCCGUCGGUAGCGAAGAUCUCUACCGCAACUCCGCCAUUGGCUCCGGCUCCUCCGCCGGUCCCGGUCUCGAGGCCUCCGAGCUCGUCGACUACAUCAACCAGGUCCGCUCCGCCAUCUCCGGCACCACUCUGAGCGGCGCUUCCAUCGGUCACGUCGACACCUGGAACGCCUGGACCAACGGCUCCAACGCCGCUGCCAUCGAGGCUGUCGACUGGCUCGGUUUCGACGGUUACCCUUACUUCGAGAACACCAAGCCCAACUCCAUCGAUGAUGCCGAGGGUCUCUUCCAGACUGGUGUCAACAACCUGAAGGCCGCUGCCGCUGGCAAGGAGGUCUGGAUCACCGAGACCGGUUGGCCCGUUACCGGCGACAAGCAGGGUGAGGCUGUCGCCAGCGUUGAGAACGCUAAGCAGUACUGGGAUGAGGUCGCUUGCCCUCUCUUCGGCAACACCAACACCUGGUGGUACAUCCUCGCCGAUGCUGGUGCUUCCCCCAGCUUCGGUAUCUCCAGCUCUGAGUCUAACACUACCCCUCUGUUCGACCUGAGCUGCAAGAACGCCACCAGCUCUGCUGCUUUCGCUUCCGGUACCCCCACCGCCUCUGCCGGUGAGAAGUCUGGCGGCGCCGCCGCUACCGCUACCGGUACUUCCGGCUCUUCCUCUGGCUCUGGCUCUUCCGGCUCUGGCUCUGAUGCCUCCGCCUCCGGCUCUGGUUCCAGCUCCGGCUCCGGAUCUAGCUCUGGCUCUUCCACCGGCUCCUCUGGCUCCGGCUCCGGCGCCGGUGCCGCUGGCUCUUCCGCCGCCCACUCCUUCACCGCCGUGCCCAGCGGAACCCGCCCCUCCACCACCCCCAAGGCCAAGAGCUCCUCUGCCUCCGUCUCUGCCUCCGCCACCGGCUCCGCCUCCACUGGCUCCGGUUCUUCCGGCUCUGGCUCUGGCUCCGGCUCCAGCUCCUCCGGCUCUGGCAGCGGUGCUUCCGGCUCCGGCUCCGGCUCCGACUCCGGCUCUGGCACCUCUUCUUCCACCACUGCCUCCUCUACUCCUGAGUUCAACUCCGCUGGCCGUGUCACUGGCUCUGCCUUCGGUGCUCUGAUUGGUGCCCUUGCUCUUGCUUUCACUUUCUAA